AUGGUACGGACGCGAACCUGGAUUCUGUCAAAUCGCCCCAAAGAAACCCCAACUUAUUCCGGCUCAAAUCCUACAUUUACGCUGAUAGAGCGAGACCUCCAACCACUUCAGCCAGGGCAGAUUCUGGUCAAGGUGCUUUUCUUUUCGAACGAUCCAGCUCAACGUACCUGGAUCAAGUCCAGCGAUGAUCUCCCCAGCGACCGCCACUACGUGGAACCAGUCGCCCUCAACACGCCCAUGCAAUCGCGUGGGUUGUGCGAGGUUAUCGAGUCAAGGAGUGACACUAUUCCCAUAGGUACAACGAUACUGGCCCGCGUGAAUUGGAAUGAAUAUGCCGUCCUGGACGCCAAAGAUGCCACCACUCUUGCCCCUCUGCCCAACGGUCUGGGCUUCUCUCACUAUCUCGGUGUCUUUGGAACAACAGGCCUCACUGCAUAUUAUGGCACAGUUGUCGUCGGCGAGGCGAAGGCAAGUCACCGCCUCGUCGUCAGUGGUGCUGCGGGAGCGACGGGUGGUAUGGUGGUGCAGAUAGCGAAAAAGCGCUAUGGCGGCCAUCUAGCAAAACGUACUGAGAAGACUCGACAGAUCAUCGGUGUCAGCGAAGUCAUCGGCAUCGCUGGCUCGGAUGACAAGUGCAAAUAUGUGGUCGAAAGAUUGGGUGCCGACAAAUGCCUGAACUACAGGAGCCCGUGUUUUUUCGAGGACCUCACAAAGGCUACUGCAGGUUAUGUCGAUAUCUACUUUGACAAUGUUGGAGGGACUAUAUUGGACGCUAUGCUAGGCCGGCUCAAGCAGCAUGGUGUUGUCAUAGCAUGCGGGUCGAUUUCAGGAUACAACUCUGACCAGAGCACAUUACUGAAGAACUACUUUCAGGUAAUCAGUAUGAGACUGCAAAUCAAAGGGUUUAUUGCUGCAGAUUACGUGCACAAAGCGCAGGAAGUAACGGAGAUAUUUAUUCGUGCGCUGGAACAAGGAAAGCUGACUGUCAACGACGGACUGCAACACGUGGUCCCGACCAAGUUUGAGGACGUACCGAAGACCUGGUUGAAGUUGUUCGACGGAUCUAACACCGGUAAACUCGUGACCAGGAUUAUCGCUUAA